GAAAGGACUCCUUACAUAAACAGCCAAGAUCACUACCUUAAACCCACGAAAAUCAAAUGGCUUCGUCUCUGCUUUGUUCUAUCACAAUUCGUUCUUUACUUGUCUUGCUCUUGCACCUAUCUUCCUUGUCUAACUAUCUAGCUGCAAAGCAUAACCAACAUGGCUACCACCGCCACCGCUCACACAACCAUUCUCCAACUUCAAACCAAAGGCUCCACCAAGCUUAUAUUGCCCUCCAGGCAUGGAGAAGGGUUAUCUACUCUGAUCCAAACAACUUCACUACCAAUUGGGUUGGUCCUGAUGUAUGUAGCUAUAAAGGAAUAUACUGUGCAACUGCUAUUGAUGAUCCCAAAAUUAGAGUUGUCGCAGGCAUUGACCUCAACUUUGCUGAUAUAGCAGGUUUCCUUCCUAAUGAAUUAGGCCUCCUCUCUGACUUAGCACUCAUCCAUUUGAAUAGCAACAGACUUUGUGGGAUUAUCCCACAAACUCUAACCAACCUUUCACUUCUAUAUGAGCUUGAUGUCAGCAACAACAGAUUUGUAGGCCCUUUCCCUUCUGUUGUGCUCUCUCUUCCUAUGCUAACCUAUCUUGACCUUCGCUACAAUGAGUUUGAAGGGCCAUUACCUCCUCAGCUUUUCCAGAAAAAGAUUGAUGCGAUAUUCAUUAAUAACAAUCGAUUUACUAGUGCAGUUCCCGCUUUCUUAGGCGGAACUUCAGCUUCUGUGGUGGUCAUUGCCAACAAUAACUUCAAAGGCUGCCUGCCGCCGAGUAUAGCCAACUUGGCAGAUACUUUAGAAGAGUUGCUGCUUAUCAACACAAGCUUGACAGGUUGUUUGCCACCAGAAGUUGGGUAUCUCUACAAACUGAGGGUGUUGGAUGUAAGCCAUAACAAGAUAGUUGGUCCUAUACCUUAUAGCCUAUCAGGAUUAGCUCAUUUGGAGCAGCUAAAUUUAGCACACAAUCUGAUGACCGGGAUUGUACCUCAAGGAGUUUGUAUACUGCCAAAUUUAGCUAAUUUUACUUUCUCUUACAACUUCUUUUGUGAGGAAGAGGGAAUUUGCAUGAAUCUUACAUCUAAAGGCAUCAAGUAUGACGAUCGCCGCAAUUGUUUGCCAGAGAAGCCACUCCAGAGAAGUCAGAAAGAAUGCAACGAUACACUCGAGCAUCCAGUCGACUGCUUUCAGGAAUGCUGUGUAGCCAGUGAAGGAGGCGGUGCUUUUGGUAGGGCAACUCCUUUCGCUCCUGCACUUGUGCCUGCUGCAACCCCUCUGCUGUCACCUUCUCUUGCUCCUAGCUUCCCAUAAGUAGUCUUGCAAUAUAGUUACAAUAAAACCAAAAUAAGAUCCAAAAUUUGGCCUGUAGUUACUUGUGAAUCUUCUUCUUUCUUUUUUUUUUCUUUUUUCCUGUAAUAGUUGUAUUUGAAUUUUGUACAUGUAUAUAAUCCUUGAAAAAAUUUUAUGUUA